UCACAAUAAAAAUCGUAGAAACGUGUCGUCGUAUCGUGUAUCGCACAAAUUUCAAAUUUGUCCUUAUUAAAUAUAACCACCUAACGAAUUACUACCCUAAUCCCUACUAACAACCUGCUUCUGCUUACUCCACAAGUUAUAUAGACCCCUCGUUCUAUAAAUAACAAGAACAUUCAGCUAGAAAGUAUCGUUAGUAAGCAAAUUUUGAAAUUAUUUAAUUGUUGUAGAUUUCCCAGCAAGUAACUAUGGCUUCAAAUAUCAACGAUGAAGGACAACAAUUAGCUUGCGCUAUAAACAGCUGCAAUAUUACAUCACCAGAAGGACAGUUCCUAUUCGAUUUUACUAAAGAUGACAACGUAUACGACUGGCAAGAACAAUCGGACACCGUACGAAGUGUAGGAAUGUCAAAAGCCGUUUUUGUUUUACACCAGAAUACCCAGUUUCGAAGAGCAAUUUUUUUUGCUCUACUGAAUCCACAGUUGAACGGGGCAGGGUUCGCUGGAAUUCGUGCCCUCGGAUAUCACGACCUAACGCAGUACACGAAACUUCAAGUACAAUGCCGUGGUCAGGGACAGUUCAAUGGAUUUAAAAUUGUUUUGAGACACAAAGGAUUAAACAAUGAACCUAACUACUCAUUUGAACAAUAUUUUCAGGCACCCAAGGACGAGUUUGCUGUGAAAACCCUACCAUUUUCGGAAUUUAAAGCAUAUUACAGAGGAAAGAGAGUAAAUAAUAAUGAGACCUUGGACUUAUCACAAAUAACUAGUAUCGGAAUUCAAAUGUAUGGAGGAGUGUACCAACCAGUGAAGCAGAAAGGACCAGCUACUUUAGAAGUAGACUGGAUAAGAGCUGUAUAAUAAAUCGAUUUUACAUGCAA